UAACCCAGUUGUACAGUAGGACCCAGCUGCAGCUUCUUGGUGCUUUUGUGUGUGUGUGUGUGUGUGUGAGGGGGUGGGGUUUUUUUUGUUUUUUUUGUUUUUUUUUUUUGCUUCUUUCUCCUGGAAUUGGGAGCUGCAUCUUGAAAACAAAAUGUGCAAGGGACUUGCAGCAUUACCGGCCACUUGCUUGAAAAGUGCAAAAGAUAUGAAGCAUCGUCUGGGCUUCUUGCUGCAGAAGCCAGAUUCAUAUGCGCACAGCUCUUCCCAUGGCAAGAAGGAGAAAGUGGCCCCAGCCCAAAGGGUUGGUCACGAAGAUGUCCAGCAAUGGGCUGACUGUUUGGAGAAUCUGAUCCAUCAUAACAUUGGGCUGGCUGCGUUCCGGGCUUUCCUCAAGUCUGAAUACAGCGAGGAGAACAUCGAGUUCUGGGCGAGUUGUGAGGAGUACAAGAAAACCAAAUCGCCGGCCGAGCUUGGCCCUAGGGCCAGGAAGAUUUACGAAGAAUUCAUCUCUGAGCAGGCCACUAGAGAAGUGAACUUGGAUUCGUGCACACGGGAAGUGACCAGCCGCAAUGUCCUUGAGCCCACCCUGUCAUGCUUUGAUGAGGCUCAGAGAAAAAUCUUCAUCCUCAUGGAGAAGGAUUCAUAUCGCCGCUUCCUGAAAUCUCACUUCUACCUUGACUUGGUCAGCCCGUCUGCGACCACCUGUGGGACUGAGAGCCACAAAAGUACUAUGUCUUCUACCUUAACCUGCACCUCUCCUUUGGUCCCUCAGUAUGCUUAGCUCCAAGUAGGGAGUUGGUAGGUCUCCUGGAAUCCCUGGAGGUGCAUGUCAGCUAACUUUGCACUGUUGCAGAGAGCUGCCUGCAGUCCUCACCUAUAUCCACUGUUUUACUCCACACCAGUAGAUCAGCCACCACUAGAUUGAGCAUCAAAACGUCUCAUCGCCUCAGCCACGUUCCAUGUGAGAGCCCCGGGAGGCAGGUUUCCUGAUGCUCAGUCGAUGGCAGCAUAAGUGUGAAAGCAUCAGGUGUGCAUUGUGUUCUUUCCAUGUGUUGCCAACACACACAUGUGGAUCCCAAACCACUUUGGUGUAGGCCCUGCUCAGCAGCACUUGGUUACAGAGGCACUAGGCCUGCGUGGGGGUGAUUUGUGUACCAGCAAGGGGGGUCGAAGGGACAGCCACGCUCCCUGCACUAGAGCACAUGGCCUAGUGUGCAUAUCUGCUGUCUCCUGCAGUUGCCCACUCCCUACACAUUUAGAUGUCUGGGGGUCUGUGUCACCUCUAAGGAAAGCAAAGCAAGAAACACUGACUCACCCAGGCAGGUAGGAGCCAGCCAGGGGAAUGUCUGUUGGACCUGGGAAAACUGUGGCAUAAUGCCCAUUCUGUGCCAUUGUGGUGGCCAUGGGACCAUGCAGGCUGUGGUUUGCCUGUACGCUGGCAAUGCUCCUUUCUGAGGCAGCGCUUGCACGUGUGCGUGUGCCUGUUUGUAAUAUGCAUCGUUGCUGGACCUCGGUUUAUUCUCCUGCCUCCUUUGCAGAGUCUCCAGAAGAUCCAGGUUCUCACCAGUGCUGCUCAUAGCUGGGCAUGGGGAUGUUCCACCAUAAGUCAGUUGAGGAACAGUUCCAAGUUUGUCAGUCCAGCCCCCACCAUGCCCCUAAGAUCACUGUGAUGGGGAAGCAGACCCACUCUUCCUUUCGGUUUAUUUUGGGCCCCUGAGCUGGCCUACCCACUGGAGCCACCCCGCCUGUCCCUUCCUAGUCUGUACAAUGAUCCUGCAGCCACUGCGUGGAACAAAUCACCUGAAAGUGCUGCUGCAGGUUUUGUGAAAUCGUGUCCUCCCAGCCCACCCUCCCCCUAGCCACACACUGGGUAUAACACCCGGAGAGAGUUGUCCAGCCCCCAUACAGAGCCUGUGCCCAGAGAUGCUGAGGGGGAGACCGGCUGCUGGGAGGAGGCACACAGGGAAUACAGGAAAAUGCUCCUUUUCCUGUUCUUGAUUUGAGUUCGUGUAUUGACUGAUGUUGUCAGUGCUGCUUGUUGAUAUUGUGAUCAGCUCUCAUGUCAGCGUGCGCCUGUAGCAGUGAUUGGCAACCUGCCACGAGGCUCAACAGGGUGGGCCGCUGGCGGGCUGUCAGACAGGUUGUAGGCUUGCAUUCACAGGUACAGCCGCCUGCAGCUCCUUUUGAAUGUGGUUUGCCAUUCUUGGACAAUGGGCGCUGCAGGUGGCCGUCCCUGUGGACAUACGGUAAACAACCUGUCAGGCAACCCCACCAGCAGCUUAUCCCACAGGCUGCCCACUGCUAGUCUACAUCGUGUUUGGACACCUGCUGCAGGCCUGAGCCGGGCUCAAGCCAAAGGGCUGCUUACCUACGAUGUUAACAUUCAUGCUCGGGCUGGAGCCAGGGGUCUAGGAUGCUGCGAGGUGGGAGGGUCCCAGAGCUCAAGCUGCAGCCUGGUCCCCAGAAGCCUUAGUCAGCUGGAAUAGGUAAGUCAUGGGCUUUUCUUGCAGUGUAGAGCAAGCCUCUGGGACUGCUGAAAAGCAGCACUUUGUCCAGAACGAGUGGGGGCAGGGAUGUCUCAGUUUCUCUUUUUGAGCGUAUGGCUGGAAUUGGCCAUCAGCCAAGAGCAGGGCAUGGGACUUUUGUUGGCUUCCAACAGAGCCUCUGCCAGCAGGUUUGGCACUUCAGGGCAGUAGCACCAAGCAGCUUCUGUGUUGGCAUUCUUGGCUGAGGGUUCAGGGAAUUUCUCCUGCACAGUGGGUCACGUUUGUUUUGAACAUGUGGCCUGCACCUUCCCUGCUCUGUAUUUUACAACCGCACUGUGCAGCGAGCUCUGGGUUCCCUCUGCCCUGCCUGCUUUGGGGGUGCACUCGCGGAGUGUUCACAGGAGGCUGGGUCUGGGCUGUCAGACAGCAUUGGUCACACAAAAAAGUAGUCUCUAAUCUUACCACCACACUAUAUGUUGUCAUUGUGUCUCCGAAGACAAACUUACCUGUUUGUUGGGUAAAUGGAUGGACAUUUUCUUCUGUGAUCCCAGUCAGUUCUGUACCUGUCAAGCAUAUUGCUAACUGUUUCUUCCUAGUACCUAAAAUUCCUGGUAUAUCUUGUAAUGAAUUGUAUAAAUACUUUAUUAAGAAUAAAUAAAAGCUAAAUAAAAUGGU